AUGUCAAUUCAAUCACCUAUCAUAGAAUCUCCACAUACGGUAGAUAUCCCGAUUAGCGAUAUCCCAUCAUGGGUGUUCACUGCGGAGACCAGCGCGGCCCGCAUCAUGCCCCGAUACUUCGACGCGGAGAAUCCUAAGCAAUGCUACACUCUUGCUGACGCUGAAAUAUACGUCAAACGGAUCGCCUGUGGUCUUCAGGCUUUGGGUUUGCAGCCAGAUGACAAAGUGAUGCUUUGUUCUCCCAAUCACCUCUUUAUUCCAGUUCUUCUGUGGGGCGUAUUAGCUGCUCGAUGCGUGUUUACCGCCGUAUCGCCAACCGCAUCUAAAAAUGAGCUUCAAUACCAAUUGAAAAGUUCAGAUGCGAAGGUGCUACUGGUUCACCCUUCGAAAGCUGCAUUGGCUCUGGAAGUUGCCCAAAGUGUGGGCCUGCCACCAGGUUCCAUAUUUCUCUUUAUGAACCCGAAUGAAAGGCUCGGCGAGGCAACUCGUGCAUUGAAGCCCUGGAUGGACUUUUGGAUCUCCGUAGAUAAGGCGAAAGUGUGGCAAUGGCAUCGGAUCAGAAAUAUCGAAGAAGCUAAAAGGACCACUGCAAUUAUCAACUACUCCAGUGGGACAACCGGAACUCCAAAAGGAGUUGAGCUAUCGCAUUACAACGUAAUUGCAAACAGCGUGCAAAUUAUCCACAAGAGAUCACUUGUCGCAAAUACAGCCCAAGGACGAGCGAGACGAGCUCGGAUUGAAAGCUCAGGAGAACGUUGGAUUGCUCCUUUACCCAUGUAUCAUGCAUUUGGGCAAAUCUGGUACUGUAUGAACGCAGCAAAGCUGGGUGCAAAGGUAUUCAUCAUGGCCAAGUUCGAUGUCACGGACUUUCUUCGAUACCUAGACAUCUAUCGCAUCACGUUCGCGACAAUGGUUCCUGUGAUCAUCAACUCGCUUAUCAAGUAUCCCCAUCCUGAAUCCUUCAAUCUGAAGGCUCUCGAGGGGGUUGUGUCGGGCUCUGCCCCUCUCAGUCCAGAGAUAGCACAAAAGUUGAAAACGCUAUAUCUGAGUGAGUAUGCUACCGUCAAGCAAGGAAUGGGUCUCACCGAGACAACCUGCUCUCUCUUUCAAUUUGCGCAGGAUGAUAUAGACGAUGGAAGGUCUAUUGGUUGGCUAAAUGCCAACUGUAAGGCUAAAAUCGUGCCGGUAGACGGCGAAGACUACAAAGAAACCGCGCCCGCAGAUGUAGCAGUGGGGGAAAUAUGGGUAUCCGGCCCAAACAUGAUGAAAUGUUACUAUCGCAACCCCGGAGCAACGGUAGCUGCUGUAACCUACGAAGAUGGCCAGGACUGGUUUAAGACUGGUGACAUCGGCUAUGCCGAUCACCGCGGCAGAUUCUAUGUUGUGGAUAGGAUGAAGGAAUUGCUGAAAGUCAAAGGCCUCCAAGUAUCGCCUGCCGAGCUUGAGAUUGCUUUGCUACAACAUCCAGACGUAACCGAUGCUGGUGUGGUUGGAGCAAAAAUAAACGGGGGAGAAUACCCACGAGCUUUUGUGGUUCGAAAACAGGGUAAGAUCAAUGAACAUGAGAUCCAGGAGUUGAUCAAGUCCCGUUUUGCCCCUCAUAAAUGGCUCACUGGAGGGGUGUUCUUCAUUAAUAAGAUCCCCCGUACACCCAGUGGGAAGAUAAUGCGACGGUGUCUACCAAAGAUCGAUACAAAGGGGAGCAAGCUUUAG